UCGUCAUUUCGCGACUCUCCAGUUCCAUCAUCAAUCGACAGCUCGCGCGUGCUACCGGCAUUGCGUAACGUGUAGUCAAGAUGGUGCGCGAGGAUAUCAUACAGUCUGCUGUAUCCUUCCUCCAAGACCCGUCGGUUGCCAGCGCGCCCCUUGAGAAGCGCAUCGCUUUCCUCCAGUCCAAGAACCUCACGCAAGAAGAAGUCGAUGUCUCGCUCGCGCGUGCAGCCGAAGACCCCAGCCUACCUUCAUCACCUCCACCCCAGACAUCCGCAGUAGCCAGCAAUGCGUACAGACCACCACCUGCAGCCCCGUAUGCGAGCUAUCCUCCCCAAGGGUACUGGCAACCGCCGCCUCCUCCACCAGAACCCCCGAAACGCGACUGGCGAGACUACUUCAUCAUGGCGACGGUAAUGGGCGGUGUAGGGUACGGUCUAUACUUCACAGCGAAACGAUACGUCCUACCCCUCAUACAACCACCUACGCAACCACAACUGGAGCAAGACAAGGCUUCUGUCGACGAACAGUUCAAGCGCGCAUUCGAUCUCCUCGAGCAACUCAACACCGACACAUCCGCUCUCAAGGCUUCGGAAGAGGCACGGACACACAGACUCGACGACGCGCUGGGCGAGGUGGAGAGCGUUCUGUCGAGUCUAAAGGAGUCAUCGAGAAGACAGGGCGACGACAACAGACGCAUUGAGGACGACGUCCGAGGCCUGAGGGACUUGAUCCCGAAGGCGCUUGACUCCCAGAAGGAGGCGACCGACAACAGGUUGAAGGAGCUGUCCACUGAGCUCAAGAGCCUGAAGACAUUGAUCGGAAACAGGAUGGGAUCCGGCGCACCACCGCCACGCCCACAGAGCACCUCAAGCUACUACGGCACCAGCACACCUGCUGCCUCGGCAUCAACUCCCCAGCCAUCGUCUACCCCUGCGCCCAGCGAGCAGACCAACGGCACGAGCUCGACCGAGAACCAGACCAAUGGUGCUACAACAACCGCGCCUAGCUCCAUUCCCACUCCUAGCACAGAGAAGCCGCUCCCUGCUUACGGUAGGCCGUCUCCGGGACGCGCCGCUAUCCCAGCAUGGCAGAUGGCCGCCGCGAAGAAGACUGAGGAGGCGAAGAAGGAUACCAGCGAGAGCGGGACUGUGGCGGAGGCCGGUGCCAGUGCGUAGAAUGGUCACGGCUGUGUUAUCUGAUAGUCUUUCUGCAUCUUUGGCGUG